AUGGUACUUGUGUCUGCCUUGCUAGGCACUCAGUUCAGCUCAAGCAGGGAAACUGCAUCUCAAAAACCUGACACACCGGCCUCCCAGAAACCUGACAAACCGGGCUCUCAGAAAAACGAGAAGCUGGCCUCUCAGACACAUGACAAACCAGCCUCUCAGAAACCUAUCAAACCGGCACCCCGGAAACUUGACAAACCGGCCUCUCAGGAACACGACAAAUCGGCCUCUCAGAAACAUGACAAACAGGACUCUCAGAAACUUAACAAACCGGCCUCUCAGACACCCAACAAACCAGGCUCUCAGAAACCUGACAAACAGGACUCUCAGAAACUUAACAAACCGGCCUCUCAGACAACCGAGAAACCAGCCUCUCAGAAACCUGCCUCUAAGAAACCCGACAAAACGGCCUCCCAGAAACCUGACAAACCGGCCUCUCAGGAACAUGACAAAACGGCCUCUCAGGAACAUGACAAACAGGACUCUCAGAAACUUAGCAAACCGGCCUCUCAGACACCCAACAAACCGGGCUCUCAGAAACCUGACAAACCGGCCACUCAGAAACCUGACAAAGAGGGCUUACAGAAAUAUGACAAACCGGCCUCUCAGAAACCUGACAAACCAUCCUCUCAGAUACGUGUCAAAUCAGCCUCUCAGACACCUGACAAACCAGCAUCUCAGAAACCUGCCUCUAAGAAACCCGACAAAACGGCCUCCCAGAAACCUGACAAACCGGCCUCUCAGGAACAUGACAAAUCGGCCUCUCAGGAACAUGACAAACAGGACUGUCAGAAACUUAACAAACCGGCCUCUCAGACACCCAACAAACCGGGCUCUCAGAAACCUGACAAACCGGGCUCUCAGAAACCUGACAAACCGGCCACUCAGAAACCUGACAAAGAGGGCUUACAGAAAUAUGACAAACCGGCCUCUCAGAAACCUGACAAACCAUCCUCUCAGAUACGUGUCAAAUCAGCCUCUCAGACACCUGACAAACCAGCCUCUCAGAAACCUGGCAAACAGGGCUUACAGAAACCUGACAAACCGGCCUCUCAGAAACAUGACAAACAAGGCUUACAGAAACCUGACACACCGGGCUCUCAGAAACCUGACAAAUAG